CAGCAAAACAUAACCUCACAAAAAACUUACAUAAAAUUUCUAAUGAAACUAUUUUGUUUUUCUAAAUAUUUUUAAAAUAAAACCGAAAUAAGUUGCAAGAAGGCAACUAAAUUAUGAACAAUUAUCAUUAUUUGGACGUGGAAUUGAAACUUAGAGAAGACUCCACUGCCGUUGUUACACCUGCAUAUUUUCAAGGUAGCAUAGAAACAUCUUUAACAGAUUUUUUUGGAGAGAUAGGAGGUCAGACAGAGUUAGAAUUGAUAAAAUUUGAUGGUGAUCUAAAGCGCGGCAUAGUCAAAGUACCACAAGCAUUUUCGAGCCAAACAAAAGCUGCCAUUACAUUAAUUGGUCGUUUUCAAGAUAUACCCUGCCAUUUUCAAAUUUUGAAAACUUCUGCACAACCUUUAGAUUUGGCAUAAACUAAAAUAAAAUGGCUUACAGUUCAAAAGAAAUCUUGGGCAAAGAUACUGUGAUAUUUGCCACCAAAGAAGAUCAUGCCAUUCCUCCUGCCAUAGAACUCCCACCGCCAGAACCGGCACAGGGUCUCAUAACAAAAGAUGGUGAAAUUAACUGGAGCUGUCCCUGUCUAGGUGGCAUGGCUACCGGGCCCUGUGGCGUAGAAUUUCGUGAAGCAUUUUCCUGUUUCCAUAACAGUGAAGCUGAACCUAAAGGUUCGGAUUGUUACGAAGCUUUUCGUACCAUGCAAGAUUGUUUUACACAAUAUCCUUCAGUGUAUAAUAAAUCCGGCAGCAGUGGUGAUGAUGACGAUGAGGACGAGGGUGGUUUAAAUAUGGCUGCUUUAGGUGAUGAUGUUAAGGAUGAUGAAAAGGCUGCAGUGGAAGCUAGCACAACAAAGCCGGCGGAAAAGUGAGAUAAGAAAGGUUAGCUUGAUGUUAAUGAUGUUUAUAUUCCUGUUAAUAGUUUAAGAGAAUGUAGCGAAGACGCAAUGUUAAAAAAUUAUACGACAUUAAAUGAAAGUUGUUAAUGUUUAUGCAAAGUAUUUUAUAAUAAAAUACUAAGGACAAUGUGAUUGAUA